GUAAAUAACACGCAUGCGCAGUGGCCUCAAAUUUGGCGCAAAAGCAAACGGACAGCUCAAAUUUUUAACGAAUUAAAUAUCCCAGGAGGUCCACAGAAGUUAUAGCUAACAUGGAUACAAAGAAAACGAGCUCUGUUUUGGAUGUUUCAACCAAUAAAGACUCUUCGAUAUCUAUUACUCCAAAAUUGCGAAAAUCAGUAGACGGUAUAUCAAGAAAUGCGAACUUCACGCCCUCUUCGAUGGAAAAACUAAAGCGAGUAAGAUACAGUUUUGAAAGCUCCGGAAAGACUCCCCUAAAACGUCGAAAUCAGAGUAAAGAGGAAAGCAAUUCAAAGGGAAACCCUUCUUUACAUAUUCAUACAGACGAAUCAGAGUACGUUGUUGGCAAUGGUAUUGAUGACAUAAACUUUUCACCUUGUCAGUUAACACAUAAUUCUUCUCUAAAUAUGUCAUUUAAUGAUAGCUUUCAUAGAACCAUUUGGAAAAACAGUGAAAAACUGUUUCCUAGCAAUGAUAGGAAAGGUUCUCUAGCCGUUAUGUUUGUAGAUAAGAAAUCUUCCAAAGUUCUUACUUGCAAUGAAAAAUCUUAUGAACUUUUAGAAUGUACAGAAAAUGAUCUUAUUGACUGCAAAAUUAAUGAUGUUUUAAAAUCUUUCGAAGAAACCAGCAAAAAAAUCGUACAAAUAAAAACUUUCAAAGGAGAAGAUCUAUCAGUUUGUCUGUGGGUUAGAAAAUUGGCAGAAGGAUUUUUAGUCAUGAUGGAAAAAGUUCAAUGCAUAACAGGUAACUUAACUUUGAACAAAGACAAAGAAAUUGUUUAUGUUGAUGAAGAAAUUGGCGUCUUGUAUGGAUCCAGUGAGGAACUUUUGGGCACACACAUUAAAAUGUUUCUACCUCAAUUUGAUAUGAACAAAAAUAUACAAUACACUUGCGGACUGUCUAUUGACGAUUUUGUUUUUCCUACGAGAUUGGAAAGAGUUGAUGAUAAGACUAUAAAAUUAGAGGCUUUUUUAUAUUUAACUGGGGUAGUUUCUGUCAACACAGAAGGUUCGAUCGUUAACAUUAACAAUCAUCUGGGCUCCAUUUUACUUGGCUAUAAGUCUUCAUCUGAACUGAGGGGAAAUCUCAUUAGUACUAUUUUGCCAGAGCUGUCUUCUGAUGAAAAUUCCACUAAUUUAAUGAGCGAUGUUUCAAGCGACAAAGUAGACAACAUCAUAGAAAAGUUGGACCAUAGUCUUAACAUUAAAAACAAUAUAAUGAUCGAGGAAGGUAGUUUUGGUGGUUUUGUAAGACAUGAUGAUGGAUCAUUUCUCCCUGUUAUGUAUGACAUUGAAAAAACAGAACAAGAUUUAUGGCUUAUAUGGAUAAAGUAUGGAGACGUACCAUAUUUUCACAGCUAUACAGACAAAGAUGCAUCUAAGUACUCUCUAAUUGAGGAGGUAAAUGAUGAAAAUGGAUUGUUUACGAAUAAAUUUGAAUCAGAUAGAAAAUUCAAUGAUAAUUAUGAAGUUUUAGAACAAAUAGGCAAAGGAGCUUUUGGAUAUGUUUUUAUAGCCCGACAAUUAUCAACGGAUGCCAAAGUUGUUGUGAAAAAGAUAAAGAAGGAAAAAGUUUUAAGAAAAGGCUGGAUUAAAACUGAGAAAGGGUUUGAUCUACCUUUGGAAAUUGUUAUUUUAUUGAAAAUUCGCCAUAAUAAUAUUGUUCAUGCUUUAGAGGCAUAUGAAAGUGAAAAAUAUUUUGAAUUAAUAAUGAAGAAACAUGGUAAUGGUAUGGAUAUGUUUGAAUUAAUAGAGCAAGCGUCGUCAUACUCAAAACAUAAUUCUGGGCUUGAAGAACCUCUAGCAGCUUUUAUGUUCCGACAAAUAGCUUCAGGUGUUGCUUAUCUCCAUGAAAAGAAUAUCGUUCACAGAGAUAUCAAAGAUGAGAAUAUUAUAGUCGAUACUGCUGCUUGGACCCUGCAAAUUAUUGAUUUUGGAUCAGCUGCAACCAUAGCUGAUGGAAAAACCUUUGGCAGUUUUUGUGGAACUGUUGAAUAUUGUUCUCCAGAAGUUCUUUUGGGGAAGAGAUAUAGGGGACCGGAAUUGGACGCAUUUUCUCUGGGAGUCACACUAUACACCAUGGUUUACGGAGAAAAUCCUUUUGGAAAUGCUGAGGAAACUAUUGAAUGCAUCGUCAGACCCCCAGUUCCUUCAUCUGAUAAGCUUAUAAGCUUGUUGCUCGGACUUUUAGCACCCAAUCCUAAAAACAGAAUGACAGCAUUUGAAGCCUCCAAUAAUUCAUGGUCAGUUCAAGAUGUGGACUUAAAUAAUUACCCUUCUGAGAAAGUGAUUGGUUCAUUUGAAUUUAGAGGAAAUACUGCUGGAGACUUUCGAAAAGACUCGUAUCAAACUCCCAUUCGAAACCGUAAAAAGAGUAAUAGCAAUCAAGAUGAAUGUAGGAAAGAGUUGUUUCGAAAAUCCUUUUAA